AUGAUCAAGAGCAAGGAGGCUGAGGAGCAGAAGCAGCAGCAGGAGCAGGAGCAGGAGCAGGAGCAGGAGCAGGAGCAGGAGCAGGAGCAGGAGCAGGAGCAGGAGCAGGAGCAGGAGCAGGAGCAGGAUGAACGAGAAGAACAUAGAUAUAAAUAUGACGAGAAGAAAGAGGAGCAGGAGCGAGGGAAGCGGUUGAAGGAUUCAAUCGUCUGGCCUAGCUUCAACAAAGAAAACUUUCAUAACACACAAGACAAGAAUCUACGAGGCCUGCAGCAGGCGUUGAAUGCAUCACUCCAGCAGAUCAGGAGGAGUGCUCUUCAAGAAAUUGAGACCAUCAAGAGAGCGUUCAUGAGAGAAAAAGCAAGCACAGUGAUGCGCUUGGGAAGAAGGAGAAGAGCUAAAUUCUGGGCUGCGGGACUUCAUGAAUCAAGUCCCUUGACAGAUAUAGAAGAUAGCUUUCGAGAGCACAAGCAGCAGAGUCAGAAGAGUCUCUUCAUAAAGAAGAAGAAGUACUUGUUGCAGGAGCUGGAGAGGAGAAUGGAGAGAGAGGAAGAGAGGGAUUUCAAGCACAUGCUGUCACAACUUGAUCAAGAAGAACGAAUAGAAGAUGAACGCUUAAGGCAAGACCACAAGGUGGAAUCUCGAUUGCUGUCCCGGGAUAUCUUUCGCCACUACGAAUUCAUGUACAGGGAGAACAUGCUGGAUUGUGGCUUCAACAAGGACGUGUUGCUCAUGUUCAGUCUCAAGUAUAUGGACGCCGAAAAGGCGAUCAGGCUGCGGGAAGAUUUCAACUUGGAGAGAAAAGUGAAGAUGCGAGAUGCGCAUCUGAACCUCGGAACACAUCAGAGCUCAGAGUUGAGCCAGCUAGAGCAAGCGCGGCUGAAGAAGAAGCGGCUUGCGGUGGAAGACAGGUUGAGGCUAUGGGACCUCAAGAAGAAGUCCGCAAGGCUGAACCUCGAAUCUCGAUUGAAGGAGGAGCAAAGGAAUGCUGAAUCUUCACUGGCGCAACAGAAACUCUCUGAAUUGACUUCAGGGUCGGUGGCGACACCGCCGACAGUCAAGGUGCAGACUGUUCCAGAACUCCCGGAGAGUCGAGCGUCAGUGCAGCUCCUUGCAAAGACAGUCGGAGGUCAGUCGAACCUGUCGAGGCUUCCAGCAAAGUUGCAGUUGUCCAAAGUGUCCUUUGUGCGUGAGGAAGCUGUGAUUAGGGAUUUUGAACAGCAAAUCCAGAGGCUGAUAGAGACAACGAGAAAGGAGAUGCAAGCGAAGUUCGAGGAGUCCAACGACAGGUUCUUGCGAUUUUGUAAAGCAGCAUGGCAGAAGCUCGUGGAGAGAAGAAAGCACUACCGGAGAUUCCGUGACCUCUCAAUGAAGGCAGUGGAGAGGGCGAAGAUGACCAUUAUGUUCGACGAGCCAACGAGAGCGAGGAUGAAGCAACUUGUUCAAGUGAUGCCUGCUCCUACAACCAAGGCUGGUGCUGGACAUGCCGCUCAGUCCAUCCCACAUCUCAGGAUGCAAGAGGAGCAAGGAGGAGGGUGGGGGGCGAGGGAUUUUUCCUGCAGUGCCAUUCACUCCUGGGCGAGGAGCUCGACCUCGUGGCUGCGGGCAGAUGCCAAGAACGAGCCCCCAGCUCGUGCGGUGCUGGGGGUAGGUGAUGUGGUCAGAGCACACUGCCGGGUGAAGGGAAAGAGGAGCAGCAAGACGGAGAGAGCGCAGGUGGUGGAGGGAGGAGGGAGAGACGGUCUUGUGACGUUGCACUUCGACGGGGAUGUAGUGCAGCGAGUGCCGGAGGGGUGGGUCGUCCUCGUGGUGCCAAGGGGAGAAGAGGCCCUCCCGAAAGCAACGCGGAAGAGAAUUUUAGUUGGCUACGUGGCGGUCCUGGAGGAGGAGCUGUCUGUAGAGGAGGGAGAGCUGGUCACCGUGCUGGGAGAUAAAGACGCUCCAGCUGGAUGGCUGCUGGUGGAGAGGGAAGGGGGAAGUCCCGUAAGAACCAGAGGGCUGAUCCCAGAGGGCUGCAUUGACUCGACCUUCCUCCCUUUGGACAAUCCCACGUUCAAGCUGCGGAUGGUUGAGGAGAGAAGCGAAGGGUCCAAGAUGAUGGAGCGAGGAGAACAACGAUUCGAGGAUAAAGGGAGUGCCGGAGGAGAGAAUCCGGACGGCGUAAAGUCGUCGCCCUUCCUAUGGUCCAACACUCACUUCCAACGGCCCAGCCAUCUUGUCAGCCCUCUGUGACGACAUGUGCGCUAUAAAGUCUUCUUGUGUUGUGAAUAUUUACAAUAUCAAGGAAUUCAGCUAUAAAAACAUACCCGCUCUUC